UGGGGAGCCAAUCGGCGGCGGGCGGCGGGCGGGCGGCGCGGCGCUUUAUCAGCUGCCAGGGCCGGCGGCGGCGGCGGCCGUAGCGGCGCGGAGUGGGCCGCGGCCUCCCCGCGGCGCGCAGCAUGGCCGGGCUGGGCGGCGGCCCCGCCGCCUUCGGGCGCUGCACGCACGCCGUGGUGCGGGCGCUGCCCGAGUCGCUGUGCCGGCAGGCGCUGCGCACCGCGCCGGGCCCCGAGGUGGACUUCGCCCGCGCCGAGCGGGAGCACCAGCUCUACGUGGGCGUGCUGAAGAGCAAGCUGGGGCUGCAGGUGCUGGAGCUGCCGGCCGACGAGAGCCUGCCCGACUGCGUCUUCGUGGAGGACGCGGCCGUGGUGUGCGAGGAGACGGCGCUCCUCACCCGCCCGGGCGCGCCCAGCCGCAGGAAGGAGGUCGAAGCCAUGAAGAGAGUACUAGAAAGUCUUAACCUCAAUAUGGUAGAGAUGGUAGAUGAAAAUGCAACCUUGGAUGGUGGAGAUGUCUUAUUUACAGGCAGAGAAUUUUUUGUGGGUCUAUCUAAGCGGACAAAUCAACGUGGAGCAGAAAUUCUGGCUGACACAUUUAAGGAUUACGCUGUCUCCACAGUCCCUGUUCAUGAUUCUUUGCAUCUAAAGAGUUUUUGCAGCAUGGCUGGACCAAACCUGAUUGCUAUCGGAUCAAGUGAAGCUGCACAGAAAGCCCUGAAGACCAUGCAACAGAUGAGCGACCACCGCUACGACAAGCUGACAGUGCCUGACGAUGCCGCAGCAAACUGCAUCUACUUAAAUGUGCCAAGCAAAGGCCACGUCCUGCUGCACCGAGCCCCCGAGGAGUAUCCCGAAAGUGCGAAGGUUUUUGAAAAACUGAAGGACCACAUGCUGAUCCCAAUAGCCAACACAGAACUGGAGAAAGUAGAUGGGGCACUCACCUGUUGCUCUGUGCUUAUUAACAAAACUUCAGAAUUAUGAGUUUACAGAGUCCCUCCCUUGUAACUGGCAAUAAUGUUACAUACAAGGUAGACGAAUCUGUAUCCACACUUUUAUUGUUUUUAUUGACAAUCUACUGUACCACUGUGCUACUAACCGUUGUUUACAAAUUUUUUGCUUUGUGUAUUUUUAUUAUGUCCUUGCAGAUGGUAUUUAAGGUGGGUGUAUGCUUUAGUUGGGGGGUACAUUAACUCUGAAGUAUGUUAGUCCCAUGGGCUAGCAGAAGACAAUUACAAUGGCUAAUGCCUAGCUUUAGUGAUUUAACAUAUUCUGUGUGGAAAAAUGUAUGAAAACCAAUUAAUUCACAGAAGUUCAAACACCUCUGUUGUCUUUACACUGUUCUCUUCUCCUUCUGUCUUUUUUCUCUUGCUCCUUUCUCUGCAUCUUUUUUCCACUCUUCACUCUUUCUUCUCUGUUUCUCUCUUUGCUUUCAGUGAUGCAAGGUAUCAGUGGGGACUGAAGAAAAUUCAGUGGGAUCAUGAACUUGGUAUCUUGUGUGGUAGGGAAGCUUUCCUUACACUGGCUGGAACAGUGCAUGGCAGGCUGUGCUCAGCAUCUUGGCCGUAUCACGUUGCUGCUGCUGGGUAGAAUCAUGGCUAGGAUCAGGUUCAGGCGCCAGGCAGCAACUUAGGAGAAAGCUUCCUCCUUCAGGCACGUUCAAGGGCAAUGUUUGCCUGGGAGACCUGAAUGACAGGAAAAGAAGUAGCAGAGCAGCCACACCAGAUAAGUCCUACAAGUUCAGGUCCCUGUUUGCUCCUGAUACUGUGUCUUACAAUUGGGUGAGAAUAGAAGAGGUGCAUUUUAGAAGGCCAGAUCCCAGGGAGCACCUAGACCACCAAAAUGAAAGACUGAGAUGCUUUUGGAAAAGUUAAAUACAAAAGUUAUCUAAGAAUUGGGGUUAUUUUAAUCUUUCUGUGAAUUUCAGUCUCUCUGUUGUUGUUUUCUCAUCUUUUGGAGGCCACUUACUAGCAAAAUUCAAAAGAAAAGGGUGAUAGAACCAGUUGAAGGACAGUAUUCCUGGAAUGAAUAAGGGAAGCCAUUGUUGUCUGAAAAGACUGGCAUGUGUAUUUUAUCUGCCCUUGGGGCAUUUUUCCUUGGAACAAUGACAGUCUUAUUUUUUUUAAUUGCAUGAAUAUUUACUGUGGUAUUCAGUUAAAACAAAUAUAUUUGUUUUGUAGCAAAUUCCACAACAUCCUUAGCCACUGACUCAUACAUUUUUUUCACCACAGUAACAUGAAGUAUACCCCAUUGUAUUCAUACUAUUCUCGUUAAAUCAUUUGUAAACUAAGGAUGGAGAAAUUCCCAAACAGAAGCAGCAGUGGGAACUCUCCAGAGGCUGAUGAAUAGUCUGAACAUUUUAUCAACUUCCUAGGCAUCUCCCCCACCUUUCCUGAACCACUUGUGGUGUGCUGCUGAGGUGCAGUAGGAAGUGAGCAGAGGAGCUCAGUCAAUAUGGCCUGUAGGAGUGCAAACAGUAUUAACUGAGUGCACACUACGAUAUCCUUUGGAAAUCUGCAUGCUUUUUUACACAGUCACGGGAGAGGAAACUCAAGUGCUUACAUUCACAAACUUCCUGUGCACUCUCGGUGUAGCAACGUAACUCACGUCUGGCCUCAGUGGCUAACAUGAACCAAAGGAAGUUCAUACGUCCCAGCAGCUACCGGGAUACGUUGAAUGCCAUCUGAACGCAUUGUAUCUUGUGACGACAGGAGGUAUCAAUGAUGAGAGAAUAAAACAUAUGUGAAAAGAGAGCAUGUCCCAAAGGAAGUCUCUAGCCAGCCAGAGAGGAUGCUGUUUUCAGGGCUGUGUGCUGUUCCUGAGGAUUUGCCUCACGUUUCCCCUUUGGCUCCUCUGUUGCCACGUGCUGUCAUUUCAGGAUGACCUGCAUGGUCAGGCUCUAAGGUUGGAAACACUGCAGUGGGGAAUCUCCUUUCCCUUCUUCCCUUGGCUGUUUUUAAAUAUCUGAUAAAGCUUCUUGCAUUUUAGAACCACUUGAUAUGAAACAAAGAAAAUUUUGUGCCAAAAAAUAACCCUGUAGUAUUUAACCAUGACCUUCUGGAGGCGAGCUAUACCCUUUUAAAAACAUACAUAUCUGGGGGAGCUGUUGUGUAAAGCAGAGCGGAAUUUGUCGUCACCUGUCCGUACCUCCGUGGGCCCGGCCGUACCUCGCCCCGUCUGCGGACUGCAGUCCCUCUCCCUUGUAGCACUGGGGCCACAGCAUCCCACUGUAGCACUGUGCCAUCAUUAGGCUGUAAGAUUUCUGUUCAGUUUGUCUCCAACUUUCUGUUGUGUUUUUUUCAUCCACUCUCACCUUUCACCUGUCUCUCUCUUCCUCAGGCUGUGGUUUCUAGUUUAUUGCAUGAUAAGCACUUUCCUUUUUUAUUUGUAAGAAUUUUCCUGCUGUUGUCUCAGCUCUCCUAUUCCUUCAGUCUUCUUUUUCUGCACUCCUAUCUCUUCUCCUCACUGUUCACUCUGAAGUAUUCCAACCCAUAGCGGGCUGUCCUAAAUUUACUCCUUCCUUGAGUAGGUGCCUGGAGGGGACCACUUUUGCUCUGAGAGACUUCUUUUGAGCGAGAAGGAUGACUGUCUAUAGGAAUUGUAUAUCUAGAGGGUGAGACUCCUCUUUUUUAGGCUUGCUCCAGAAAAGAGAAAAAUAGUCAUUCAUGGUGGACAUCGUUGAUAUCUUGUGUCCCUGAAAGAAAUAGAGUGGGUGAUGAGGGAUCCCUCCCAGGUCCCCCAGGGGAGGGAGAGUUGGUGCCAGAGGAUGUCCUUGCCAAGGAGAGGAAGAUUGGAUCUCAGAGCUGCGAAACAUCCCACUUUCCAGAAAGGUUGCUCUUUCACCAAUUGCCAUUUAGAUUUCCUUGUUUUCAGGGCUGCAUUUUAGUCUACUGAAAGAGCGGGAGAGUGGCUGAGGGACCUCAAUUUCCUCAGGUGAUGAUUUCAAGACGUAUUCACACUGUAUAACUUUAGGCAUAUAAUCACACUUGCUUUGUCUCCAUUGGUUCGAUAGGUGUCAUAGGCUCCUAACACAGAUGCUCUGAAUUACAUCUUAGUCUGAUGCCAAGAGUCAUCUAAGCUUAUUAGUGGGAUUGCCCUCCCCUCUUUGCUUUUCACAUUAUUCUUUACAAUGGCAUUAUAAAGCAAAAAAAUUAAAAGCACUUCAGUUUGUGCAUUUGCAGUAUGGUACUAAGAACCAAAAUCAUGUGAAAUGCUCGUUGUUCUUGCUAGUUGCUAUUUUUUCUGUUGGCCAGCUGAAGAAUUCAGUUGUGAGAACAUUUCUGCUGUAACACAUAUGCAUUUAAUGGGCAUCCUGUUCAUCUUGUCACUAGAACAUUUUUCAGAUGCCUGAUGUAAAUCAUCAUCUUUGAUUAAUAUAGUAAAAUCCCAAACCAAAAAAGGAGAUGAGACACUGAACACUAAUAGGCAGCCCACAUAAAAUAUUUGGUAACAACUGUCAGGGUAUAUGACAUAGCAAGUCGCUAUAGAAGAUCUUGUGGUGAAUAGCUCAGCAAUGGGGUUUGAAUUACUCAUCACUGUGUUUUUGGUUUUUUUUUUUUUUUAAGCAAUCAGUUUAGCUCAGAUCAAAUGAAGGAGCUACGAUGUUCAUUAUAGAUCUUUCAUGGAUGUUGCUAUCUAUUACUGUGAGUCUAGGAAGAGGUUGUGAUAUGUGGGUUUCCCUUCAACAGAAUGUGAAUACAGUGUCUCUUUCUCUGCAACGAAAAUGUGAAUGCAUAUUGUACCUUAUAAGGUAAACUUGAAUUCUUCCAUUUCUGCAUUAUUGUCUUUUCUUUGCAAAUAUAUUCUUUUUCAGUCUUAAACAGAUGCCACUGUAUGAAGCUGUUCUCUGAAUUUUGGAGUGAUUUCCAUGAGAUAGGUACAGAGCUCAUAUGCAACACCAUGUGCAGUUUUAAAAAUAAAAGUUCAGUGAAAUGCAGAACAAUGAAUCUGCUUUUUCUGUUUGUUCACAGUAAGUUGGGAAUGAAAUAUGAAAAAAAAAGGGGGUUGAUUCCAUUCAGCUUCUUAAAUACUAGAUCAAUGCAGUCAGAGCCAAAUUACUUUGAUAGAAAACAUCAAAAUUCACAUGGAACUGUUUGGGGAAAAUAAUUUGCUAUUUAAGAUUCUCUAUUUUUGUUUUUAUUAAUAAAGGAGCUGAAAAGAUAAGACUGUUAGAAGGGUAGUGUUUAUUAAGUGAUUGUGAACAAAGUCUCGUUGGAUCUCACUUGCAUUUUCAGAAAAGUUUUAACUGGAUGUAUGAUGUAACUUGUAUAGAGUUGCAUGUGAAUCGUGUUAGUCACUGUUUUACAUUGUAUUGUUCUGCAGUGCACAAAUAUGACUACUGAAAACAAAAGUGUUAGAUUUCAUUAAACUUAAAAUCUUGUUACAGUAUAUAGUUGCCCACUUUUUGUGCCAAAAAUAUCAGUACAUUCCAUAAUCUGUUCUAAUAGAGGUUUGCACUUUGAUUUGUUUGUGACUCUUGCAGUUUCAAUACUAUAUAUCCCCAUCACAAAGGAAUAAAGUGUCAAUUGUACUGUG